UCCCUGUGGCCUCUCCCCUCCAUGGCCCUCCUGGCUCUCACCCUGGCACUGCUGGCAAUGACCGUGGCCACCAUGACCAUUGAGGAAAAGCCCCUGGACAUGGCCCUGGACUCCUUCGAUGACCGAUACCAGGGCUGUGUCCCUGCCGUGAAGGCGGUGCUCUCAGCCCUGAACCGCUCUGAGUUCCGGAAGAAUCCUCUGUUCGCCCAGGUUUGGCCAAAGGCCGUGGCCGAGUGGCAGGAGAAGGGGUCCCCUGUGUCCCCUCUGUCGUCUCCAGACGAGGCCAUCGCCAUCAUGGCCUACACCAUGGAUGAGUCCAUCAUGCGCCGACGUCUCUAUAAGCAGUUCAACAAGGAAGUGCGAGAGGCCGGGCGCUCCCCCCAGGAAUACCGGGACAAUUUCCACUUCAAAACUCUGCAUUUCCUGCUGACCGACGCCCUGGCCACGCUGUGGGAUGCUCAGGGGCAGAAAUGUCGCUGGGUGUACCGGGGGGUGCACGACAUCAAGUUCAAGGCAAAUGUUGGUGACAUCGUCCGGUUCGGUCAAUUCACAUCAUCGUCAAUUUGCAAAGAUGCCACCCAACCAUUUGGGAGCACCACAGUGUUCAAGGUGGAGACGUGUUAUGGAGCGGACAUCCAGGAAUUCUCCUAUUUUCCCAAUGAGGAGGAGGUGCUGAUCCCACCCUACGAGAAGUUCAAGGUCACCAAAGUCAUCCCAAAACCGGAGAAUGUGGAGAUCCACCUCGACUCCAUCGGGACCUACAGCAAAUACAACUGUGAGUGGCUGAAAGGUGGGAGCAUCCCCAGGACCCCCGCCAGCUCAGAGGACGAUCACCAAGGCCACCAGGACAGCCAGAGAAACAAGGCCACCAAGGCUACCAAGGCCACCACUGCCACUAUGGCUGCCUUGGCCAUCAUGGCCUCCAUGUGGUCACUGUGGCCACCACUGGCACUGUGACCACUGCAACCACCACAGCCACUCUGGCCACCGUGGUCACUGUAAGCAC